CUAAACGAAUCGGGACCGAGCUUGGGAUAUUUUCCCAAUGCGAAAAAGUGCUGUCUUAUGGCGAAGCCCGAGAAAGAAGAGGCAGCGAGGGAUCUUCAGUUUUGGUCAAACAUCAAUUAACAUCUCCACUCAGGGUCAAAAGCGUUUAGGAGCAGCACUCGGGUCAAGAUCUUAUCUUGAGGAGUAUGUAAGUGAAAAGGUGAACGAUUGGGUUGGCCAGGUAGUGAAACUGACAGAGUUUGCAGCAACUCAACCACAAGCCUGCUUUGCGGCAUAUACCUUCGGUUUGAAGCUUAAAUGGACGUACUACCUAAGAACAUUGUCUGAUAUUGAGGAACUGCCAGAACCACUGGAACGCGCUAUUAGUGAUGUCCUAAUACCAUCAAUUACGGGCCAUACCCGCACAACGAGUGAGCGAGAACUGCUGGCACUACUAGUGAGGAAGGGGGGUCUAGGACUAGAAAACCCAGUUGAGCGAGCUAGAUUCGAACACCCAAUGUGUCUUCAGGUAACCGCCCCUCUUGUCGCGCAAAUCGUAUCCCAGGCGCAUGAACCUCCAGAUGAUGCUCUGAUAAGAUCUUUGCAGUUAACCACGUCUAGGGAGAGAGAUGUGAGACUGGACGACAAAUUAGCAGACCUGAGGAACUCUCUACCCAAAAAAACCAAGAGAGCGGUCGAUCUCGCAGCAGAGAAAGUUGAUUCAAGUUGGCUAACUGUCAUCCCGGUAAAGGAAAUGGACUUAAAUCUCAACAAGAGAGAAUUUAAAGAUGCAGUUCAUCUAAGGUAUGACUGGCAGACAGGUGAUGUACCAAAUGUAUGUGUCUGUGGAGAGCCCUUUAAUGUCGAUCAUGCAAUGAUUGGUAAACGCGGGGGCUUCAUUAUACAACGCCAUAUCGAGCUGCGGGAUCUUGAGGCGCAUAUGCUUAACCUGGUCUCUCAUGAUGUUGAAAUGAAACCUGUUGUGCAGGAGAUUACCGGCGAGUCGUUAGUCAGGGGGGCUAAUACAGCCCCCGAUGACCGGCUUGACAUUCAUGCACGGGGUUGUUGGUCUAAACAGGGUUCCACAAUCUUUGACAUACGGGUGUGCCACCCAAAUGCGGAAUCUUACAAGGACCUCCCCCCUCAGCAAAUAUAUCGCCAGCAUGAAAACGAGAAGAAACGUAUGUACGCAAGCUGAGUUAUGGAGGUGGAACAAGCCACGUUCACGCCGCUGGUGUUCACCACUACAGGUGGCAUGGCACCCGAAUGUCAAGUCUAUCACAAGCGACUAGCGGAACUCCUGUCAGCCAAGAAAGGCGAGGACUACUCGACUACGAUGUCUUGGAUAAGAACAAGAAUCUCAUUUGCCAUUCUGAGAAUAUCUCUCCUAUGCUUAAGUGAUCGCGUUCAAUGAGGAGAGUAAAUCCCAACCUAAAAGAGAUGGACUUUGACGUCGAAAGAGGACUUUUAGGACGCUAGAUUUUGAUUUAGAGAAAAGAUAUUGAAUAUUGCAUAUUUAGUUAUUACUACUAUUUAAUAUUCUUAUCGUUGUUGGUUCAUGUUGAAAUCGUGCCAGACUUUAAAGAGGAAUUGGUGAAAAGAUGUUAAAUAUCGGUAGUGAUUGCUAAUAGUAAUAGCAAUUUAUAAUAAUUAGUAGAGAAACGUUGUCGUGGAUUAUAUUUCAAGAGAUAUUGAGACAUUAUGAUCUUUUCUUUACUUUCUAAGAGAUGUUAAGAUACAAAUUUCGUUUAAUUCCUUUUAAGUGAAGCACUGUACAUAGGUCUUUUUUAUGACUAUUAAAUAAUGAUUUUAUUAUUAUCAUUAUUAAUAUCAAUGGAAUUGGUGUUUGUAAGUUGUAGAUGGCAGUACGAGUCCCUGUAUUGUGUUAGUGUUAGGACUUUUUCUUUUCCUUGACUUUUAAGAUGUGGACGAGUGUUCUGCAGGUCAUCAGUGUGACAGCAGUGCAACUUGCCAUAAUACAGAUGGAUCUUACACAUGCACCUGUGUCAGCGGCUACUCAGGAGAUGGACGAACCUGCUAUGGUAAAUAUACUACCGGUACUUGAUCAAAUGCACAGGUUUCACAAAUAAAUCUUUCACAAAAGGAAGGGAACACGAAUUUUGGUCUUUUUUUAAUUUUUGUAUUUCAGAGUUAUCCACUCUAAAAGUCAUUGCACUAAAAAAAAAAAACGUUCAACUUCAAUUUCCCCAGCCAGCUUGAAAACAAAGUUCAAGUUCAGUACAUGGACGGAAUCUUGCUCCCCUAUGAUACAUGGAGAUGGACACACCUUGGUAACCGGAAUUAUCCAACUAACUUUAAGGAUAACACUCGCGAUAGAUUUUCCCUGCAGUCGGAGGAUCACGUUCCGGACUGCUAGUAUUCGGAAUGGCGUUGCCUUCGCUUUAUAAGAGUUGUAUUCCCCCGUAAGAAAGUACGAAAACAGAACAAUUAUAAUUAAGAAUGAAACUCUCAAUACAGGCUGAUUCAAUGAACAUAAGUGAAAGAAUUACUAGCAUACGCUUUUUGUCGUUGCAAUAGGACAAUUGCAUGAUGAUAUCACUUUACUAAAAAUACAAGUAUCCUUCAGUUCCAGUUCUGACUCAUUCUGACCUCUUUUUUUCUCCUUUUUUUCUUUAAUUUUAUCCUUUUACUCCUUCAUUAAGGAAUGGUAAUAAUCUUUAAUUUCAGACGUGGAUGAAUGCUCACUCAACACUCACGACUGUGUCGCAAAUGCAAUCUGCACCAAUACAGCCGGGUCGUUUACUUGCAAGUGCAAUGGGAAUGCUCAUUACUAUGGGGAUGGAAAGACUUGCACUGCCCACCGUAAGCUAACCUUUUUCAAUUGGAUAAUUCCUCGCGAAGUGAGUUUAUAAUCUCGUCGCGCGCGAAGCGCGCGCGCAGAGCGUGAACUGCCUGUGGGUCCUAGCGAGCUGCAAAGUCGCAGCUCUCACCUUUACUUGUAUAUAUCCGAUGGUGUCUGCCAUGACGUCAUACAGUAGUUUGACGUCACGGCGCAUUUUUGUUUCUAGGCAACAUUGGAAAAAAAGAAAAAUUGUUGGGCUAAAAAGUUUUCCAACACCACAAGUUCAAUCUGUCUCAUUCUUCAAGUUUGUCUAUCUGAGCCUCUUUUGUAUUUGCAGUGUUAUUAUUCCUUGUUUGAACGUUUUGAGUUGUUACUUUUAAGUUCCACUCAAUUUGGUGGGAGUUCCCAUUGUCUGAAUUUUAAAGAGUUUCUUGACACAGCUCCUAUGAUAAGUCAUUUGCUUUAGGCACUAUUUUGUCCUUGGAUAAAUUUCAAUAGAAAGGUCCAGUGAGUUGUGGUGAGCUUUGGCAAUUGGUACGCGCGCUUUAGUGGCCUUUGCUGCUUUGGAGAGGUGGCCGUUGUAAAGUCUUGGGAAGAUGUGGCGGUUGCCAACAUGCAGUUGUCAGGUCUUUGUUUCUUUGCGUUUAGGACUAGUUUGGUCAAAAAGAGCAAAAAAAUAAUUAAAGCAACUAAAGGACAGAUUUUGGUUUGCUUUUCUUUCAGGUGGCCUCGAUAACUCAGUCAUUUUAUCGAAUGACGUCGGCAGGAUAUCACAGUUAAAUACCUGGCUUCUUCCCCAUUUACAAAGUUCGGACAGAAGUUACUGGAAACUGUGUUAUAGAGCCACUAGUCACGGUUGGAGCUCGCAGACCUUUCACAGUUAUUGUGAUAACAAGGGACCCACUGUAACCAUUGUAAGAGUUGGGAGCUAUAUAUUUGGGGGUUACAACGACAAUUCGUGGCAAUGUAAGUCUGCUAAACUAAAAAGACACUAAGAGGGGUGUUACUGUUUGAAAUUAUGGCCAUUAAACCCCGAGUGUGUAAGGGGUGAUGAGUAGGGCUGGUGCGAUCUUGCCCAAUACCUUGAGCAAGACACAAUGACACUCUGAUUGGUUAAAAACAGUGCGUUUAACCUAGAGCGAGUAAGGAAGGGUAGUGGCAUCCUCCUUUCUUCGGCAACAGCUAACAUCAUUCCUUUUUCUAAAUAAUGGUUUUAUAGUACUUUUUUUUCAGUAAUUGAUUGUUUUUGUGGCCUCAUCUGAUUAGUGGUACAGAGAAAGUUUUUUUUAGUAUAUUGUUGCGCUUGUUUGCGCAACAAAAAGCGGCUAACUAAUUCAAUGAUUAACGCGCACCCGGAUGUGUUCUAGGUCUCAUAUAAUUCUCGGGUAAAUUCAGUAAAAACUUUACAAGGGUAAUUAAUUAUAUUAUAUUAAAUUUAAAUUUAAUAUAACAAUGUUGUAAAGCGCAACCGAAUGUAUUCAUAUAGAGGUUUGCGCUCUAUAAAUGUAAAUUAUUAUUAUGGCAGCAAAAACUUCUGGAUGCCCAGAGUAAAAAAUUAAAGCUUUGGCUAGGCGGCAAACCGUAACCAGCCGAAGCAUUGACUAAAAUUUGUAGUAAUGAUAACACAAUAAUUUGCGCAAAAAAAAAUAAACAAAUGAAUAAACUGGGUAGAAAUGAUUUGAUAAAAGUGUCAUUAAAAAAAAUUAAAACAAUAAAAAAAUCCUACAAGCUUUAUGGACGUCUUAAUUAUAAAAUAAAAAUGUUCAUAAGUUAAAACUCAUCGUUCAUAUCGCUGUCCAUUAAAUAAUGAGAGCGUCUAAGGUAUGUCAAUAAAAUUUCGAUAAUGUACAAGAGUAAGCAUCUGUUAAAAUAGGUGUCCAAAAUUCCUAUAGAUAUCUAACCGCUCAGCUUAUUAUGAGUAGUGUGAAGCGCAUAGCGUAACCUACACCACUUGAGAAGCUAUACUUAGAAGUAAAAAAAGGUCGGUACGAAACCUAAUAUACAUAAUGAUAUGAACCACUCUGCCAAUUUAAAAUAUUAUUAAUUUCUUAUACUCUGUAAAACUCUAAUGCUCUAAAAAAAUCUCAAUAAAAACAUCAGCAAGCUUGUGUUUCUAGAUUUCUAGCGAAAAAACAAAAACCUAAAAACUGGAGUCCUUAGCGCCCUGACUAAGUAUUUAUCUUAAAUGUGCUGGCAGUGUUUAAAGUGUUUGAGAUGACCGAAUUCUGCAUCCGCUCAAGUACGCUCCGUGCUCUCGCUCCAAGUAGCUUCCUCACCGACUUCUCUAGGUGUUAAGAGUAACGACCCAGUACGUCAAUUAUUACGUUGUACUAUUUAACCCUGUAACCAUUGUAUCUCUGCUUCAGCUCCCACAUCAUGGGCCCAUACUUGAGUGUCUUUUCCUCAUCUUUCUUAGCUCUAUUCUCAAUCCAUGGGCAACUCAUUUCAAUUGUGCAGACUUCUUUCCUCUCGUGGCUGACAAGUCGCGCGUCGAUCUGAUUUGCUCUAACUUCGUUGUGCUCUGCAUAGAUGGGAAUAUCCCAAAACGCCUCACUCGUGGUGUUCUGGUAGGCUGGUUUUGGCAUCACCGGUGAGUACCAUGGUGGAACCUCUUCUAUUAGCCCAUGCUCUCGCAGGAGCUCAAAAAACAGAAUCUUCAAAGCUGCAUUAUGCCUGUAUAGGUACUUGGUUUGUGCCAGGGAGGAACAUCCAGCCAAAACAUGUGCAACGCUCUCAGCUACCUUCCCACAUAAUCUGCAUAGGACUUCGCUGUCGUUGGAGGUUUGCGCCUUCUCCUUUGUGUAGAGCUUCGUAGGUAACAACUGCUCAUGCAAUUCAUACAUGCCCGCGAUGGUAUAUGUAGGGCAUGUAGCCCAACCUUUUAACCAUGCAAAGCAGCUGGUUAUGCUUAGGUUCUCAUCUUCCCAUCUGAUACGGAAUAACUUUCCUUGCCACUUUUUGUCCUUAGCGAUCUCCAAGAACUGCUUCUCUUGAGAUUGCUUCAACAGAUUCCCAGCUCUUGCUGCAGUUACCACCUUUCCUUCAGUUGUAACACACACGGGAUUUAGGGUAUCAAGCUGAAGUGUAAUGUAGAGUUCUUCAGCGUACUUAGCUGCUUCCUUUACGAGCGACUGGUGGCCUGAUGCCAUGGCGUGUUCUUCAAAUUCUGUAACUGCUUCCACAGUCUGGUCCGAGUUCUGAUACAAUUUCAGUAGCGAUUUGAUUUUAGUGAUCUUGUACUCGUGUUCGACUGAUCGCAGGCCUCUACCCCCUUUCUCCCUCGGUAGAUAUAACAAAGAAGUUAGGCUAGCUGGGUGCUUGCCACCGUUCUCAACUAUGAUCUUCCGAGCUGCUCUGUCCACAUCUCUCAACUCUGAUAGAGGCCAAUGCUGUGUCCACAUUAAGUACCGCAGGACCGGGAGUGCAUACUGAUUAGUUGCCUGCACACGGUUACAAUAAGACAGGGGGCUGGACCAUACAAUAGAUAUCCUGCGUAGAUACUCUUUAGCCGCACACGCCAGGGCCAGCCGUUCAUCCUGUCGAACGUUCUCUAGCACCCCCAGGGAUUUGUAGAGUUUUCCUUCCCCAAGAGCCGUGAUGGUAGUUGUCUCGUCCAUCCUCAUACCAGAGUCGUCUAGCACUUGGGCUCCCCUCUUCACGUGUACCACUGAGCACUUUUUCUGAUUCCAGUGCAGGCCGAUGUCCUGCAUCGCUCCUCUAGUCUCUUUCAGCACUCGGUUCAGCUUGCUCUCGGAGGCAGCAAAAACCCUCAGGUCGUCGAUAUACAGGAGAUCGGUGACUUUGACUCCUAUAGGCUUGGAUAAUCGGUAUCCCUCUGUUGCCCGCAGGCGCCACGCUACUGGGUUCAGGCACAGUGUAAACAGUCUAGGACACAAAGCGUCCCCCUGGGGUAGUCCCUUCAUCAACCUUAUUUUUCUAGAAGUCUCUCGCCCUUGCCUUGUUGUAGCUACUACUACUACUAUUAUUAUUAUUAUUCGAAGUCAGGCUUUUGUUUCGAAACUCGAGGGACCGAUUACUUAACCUUGGACCGUGUCUAAAUGCCGACAAAAGAACGAUAAAACGUUAAACCUGCUGACAGGUGUGCUUUUAUGAUCAUUAUUUUGAAAUGACCUGAAAUAGACGGACUACUGCGCAACAGAGAAUUAAGAGAGUUAAGAGAAAAAGAGACUACGCCAAUCGACGUAAAAUACAUGUUCAACAAAUUACGAAGACAUUCGGACAUAUUUUACCCUUUUUGAGGAAUACGAUGAAGAAGAUGUUCAAUUGCGUUUUCGCCUUUUUCAAUAAAGAUCUUUCAACAUUAUACAAGGAGGGGUCUGCUGUUAACUUCGAUGCAGUAAGUUCUAAUUGCUUUCAGAUUUUUUACAACAAGUUUCAAGCAGGUUAUUGGCGAUUUAUUUGGUGUUUCUGUAUUCAUUCUGCUGCAUGCACGGUCAUUUUUGCAUUCCCUAAGGAAAUUUUGCUACCAAGAGAGCGUUUUAUUAGAAAGUGUCAUUGGAAGGUGCAUUUCAGGUUCUCGUUUUUAACGGCGUAGGUUGCUCAUUUAACUGCAAGGAUCAAUUUCCCUUUCAUAUAUUUAUCCACAAAUCAAAAUUUUGAGUCAUUUCAUGUACUUUUACUCUGUUUUAACUGAAUUGCUCAACAGAACUCUACAAAUUAAUUUCAAGCAGAGGACGUAUAUCAUAAUUCAAAAAAACAAAGUGGAUAUAACUCGAUUUCAUACCAUCUAGAGACUGUAUUAAAAAUGACACAGCUUUCACGGACACUUUUAGUAAAUAUGCACCUAAAGUGUCUUAGCACUAAAAGACGUGUUAAUGUUUUGCUUGGAAUUUUAAUUUUGUUUGUCUCUUUUCAGGGUCUUCUGGGUGGCAGUAUUCGACCAACACGUCCUUUACGCGCUGCGAAACAAUUACGGGUAUGGAUACUUUAAAAAUGAUGUGAACAACAACUAUCAGUAUGCCACAUACAGUUACUAUAGCUAUGGUCCAACCUUUGGCGGAGGACAUGAAAUCUACAUUGCAGACAACGCAGGAUACAAUUAUAACUCUCACUUUCAUUGUGGCUGCCAUACGUAUACAAGUCCUUAUUCCUAUUGUUCCUGUAAUAUGUGGACUGGAAGCAAUACCUUCUGCCCAGAUGAGUUAGAGGUAUUCUAUGAAGUGCUUGCUUAA